CAGCCUGGACCCGGCGAACCGUCACUCAGGAGCGGACGCACACACACACACACACACACGGCCCGCUGAAGAGCUCCAGGGGGAUCCGUCCAUACCUCGGGAAUAUACUAUGUUAUUUUCCUGAUCGUGUAAAUCUGCGCUUUUCUCUGUGACGGGGUUCACUCACUACAUCAGUGGAUAUCUCAGGAGGAGGCUGAGCCAUGAAUAAACUACGGCAGAGUUUCCGGAGAAAGAAAGACGUUUACGUGCCAGAGUCCAGCCGGCCGCACCAGUGGCAGACCGAUGAGGAGGCCGUGCGCGGGGGCAAAUGCAGCUUCGCCGUCAAGUAUCUGGGGCACGUGGAGGUCGAGGAGUCUCGUGGCAUGCACAUCUGUGAAGAUGCUGUCAAGAGAUUGAAGACGGACAGAAAGUUCUUCAAGGGCUUCUUUGCAAAAGCGGGUAAGAAGGCCGUGCGAGCCGUGCUCUGGGUGUCUGCGGAUGGCCUGAGGGUCGUAGAUGACAAGACAAAGGAUCUGAUUCUGGACCAGACGAUAGAGAAGGUUUCCUUCUGUGCGCCCGAUCGUAACUUCGAGCACGCCUUCUCCUACAUCUGCAGAGACGGGACGACGCGCCGCUGGAUCUGCCACUGCUUCAUGGCCGUCAAGGACUCGGGCGAGCGUCUGAGUCACGCGGUGGGCUGUGCGUUUGCUGCGUGUCUGGAGCGCAAGCAGAAGAGGGAGAAGGAGUGCGGGGUCACGGCCACCUUCGAUGCCAACCGCACCACCUUCACUCGCGAGGGAUCCUUCCGCGUCACCACAGCCACGGAGCAGGCCGAGCGAGAGGAGGUCAUGAGACAGCUGCAGGACGCCAAGAACGACUCUGAGGGGGUGUUGGGCGGCUCCUCUGUCGGCGUGUCUAACCCCGGGGUCACCCUCGCUGGACCCAAUGGCUCUUCAUCCUCUCCUCCUCUGCCCAUGAGCACUCUGGCCCCUCAGGAAGCCAAUCCUCACGCCAUCCCUCGACGCCACGCCACCGUGGAGGCUCUGGCUCGCCAGGGCUCGUUCAGGGCCUUCCCUGCGCUCAGUCAGAAGACCUCUCCCUUCAAACGGCAGAUGUCGCUGCGCAUGAACGAGCUGCCCUCCACCGUGCAGCGCAAGUCUGACUUCCCCAUCAGAAACACCGUGCCGGAGGUGGAGGGUGAGGGCGACAGCAUCAGCUCUCUGUGCACUCAGAUCACAUCCACCUUCAGUGGGGCUCCAGAAGACCCGUUCUCCUCCGCACCGAUGCCCAAACCCACCUCCUCCCCGCAGUCACCCUCAGCUCCAGUUAAUGGUGCAGUUGCUGCCUUCCCGGCUCCUAGUGUCACUGUAACUGCUGUGCCUCACUCACCCGUGCUGCCGCCCCCGCUGCCUGUCCGAGAGACUAACCCCUGGGCCAAGACCCCAAACAAAGCCCCAAACACAGCACACAUAGGGAGCGAGUGGCCAAAUCCUAAACCCGCAGCAGGAGCCCUACCCACCGUCAAUGCAAAUCUUUCUACACCUGCCUCCUCUCACAAGCGUACGCCAUCGGAAGCUGACCGCUGGCUGGAGGAGGUGACCAAGUCUGUGCGAGCCCACCAACCCGCCGCCGUCACGAGAACCAACACACCUCCCGCUCAGCAGCCCUUCCCCGCCGCUAUGGCACCUGGUCCAUCUGCACCCUUCAUGCCAGGCAUUCCUCCAUCUGCGGCCCCUACUGUACCCCCACGCCAGCCGGCUUUCCACGCUCAGGCACCGGCAUCCUUCCCAGUGUCCAAUGGGAUCCCGUUUGUGCAACCAACAUUUCCGGUGGUUGGCAUUACACCUUCACAGAUGGUGGCUAACGUGUUCGGUUCUGCCACGCAGACUCAGCCCACCCCGGUACCUGUUCAGAUGCCCCAGGCACAGCUACAGUCAUCACCUUUCUCCACACCACCAACAGGUCAGUUUGACAUCCAGACGGUGUGCAGCCCCUUCGGCAAACCUCUCCUACCUCCGGUGACAAACGCCACACCGAAAGUCAAUGCCACAUUUAAUGGGGCUAACAGCUGGGCGGCAGUUUCGUCACCUGGGCAGUCUGUGGCAGUGCAACAACAGACCGAUCCCUUCGAGGCCCAGUGGGCCGCACUGGAGAGCCGCUCGCAGCAACGCACCGCUCCUUCACCCACAAACCCCUUCUCCACCGAGCUCCACAAGACGUUUGAGAUCCAACUCUGAGGACACACAGUGCACACAAAGCGAUGCUGAGGGACAAUGCGUGGGGACAUUCAUGGAGAGAUGACUAUAUAGGGAAUGACCCCACAAACCACUUCAGCUCCAUAUCUCCAUCUUUCGAUUUCUUUGUCUGUUCGUCCAUGUCUGGUUUUUGCUUGGGACAUGAACAAAUGGAGACAAGGGGGUUAAUGAAGGUGCCCCCCAGAAACGAAGCGAGUACAACUUCUGGCAUUUAUGGUGCAUUUAUGUCCAAGAUGAAAUACAGUGACAAGAUGAUAAUAACCGAAAUCUUUAGAUGCUCAAAUGUUGGCCCCCGUAUUGUUUAGUAUUCACUCUACCCUUACUAACUCAUCUCACAGCGCCCCCUAGCAGGCUGGAUGACUGCUCCCUACCAGGACGAGGCACUUCACGACCUUCCGGGUUCACCAGGUUCUUGUAGAACCUCGCAAUCAGAAGAGGAAGACGCGAGAGUAUGCCAAAAUCUUUAUUUUUAUGAAUUAAGUAUAUUUUAAAUAGCUUUGAAAUUUAACUGAAGAGCUGUAAAUAAUAGUUCCAAAAGUGAAGGCUUAUUUUGUGUGCAUACAGGAACAGAGCAUAUAUAUAUAUAUAUAU